GGUAGAUUUAAUAUAUAAAGGAAUAAGAAAAGAGAGGAACUUUUUUUGUUGUUGCUAGACGACCAUAGACGUGGCUGCCAAACACACUUUUUCCUAAAGCUUUAUAUAAAUCUUUCUGACAUCCUCUGUUUCUUCCCAUUCAAGCAACAGUCACUUUCCAUUUUUUUGCUUCCUCCUUCUUCUUUGCGAAUUAAGAUGGAACAUGAAGAAACACAGAAGAACACAGGAAGCAGAUGGUCACUGCUUCGACCAUUUCAAAUGAUCUCUGUUAGCCUUCUUAGUCUCCUUGUCCCUCUCUCUUUCCUCUUCCUUUCACGUCUCUCUAUCUCCUCCUCCUCAGCUCCAGUCACCGUUUCCGGCGUAUUCUCCCUUCUACACCAGGCUGAUGUCGGAGUCUUAUACACAAUCUUGUCACUUAUCGUCGUCUCCACUUUAAUCCACAAUCUCUCCGGAACACCAAAAUGCUCUGUUCUCCAUGCCCAUCUGUACAUCUGCUGGAUCAUUCUAUUCAUCGUCCAAGCUUGUGUCGCCUUCGGAAUAGAAGGAACCAUGAGCACGACCAUGUCUAUGAAUACAGACAAAAGCUUUUCUCUUGCUGCUCAAGAAAGGUGGGUUUUGGUUAGGGUUAUGUUCUUUUUGGGCCUACACGAAGUGACGCUGAUGUGGUUUAGAGUCGUGGUUAAACCGGUGGUUGAUGACACUGUCUUUGGGGUUUACGUAGAGGAGGAGAGAUGGUCGGAGAGAGCCGUCGUGGCCGUGACUUUCGGUCUGAUGUGGUGGUGGAGGCUGAGAGAUGAGGUUGAAAGUUUGGCGGUGGUUGCAGAGGUUAAGCGUAACCUUCUGAUUCGUUUGGAGGGUCUCGAUUUUGUAAACUGGUGGAUGUAUUACAUCUGUGUUGGAAUUGGUUUGGUUAAGAUCUUCAAAGGGUUUUUGUAUUUUGUGAAUAUGUUAAUUUUGACCGUCAAGAGGUCGAGAAAGUGCUGCGAAUCCUGUAUUGUUAUUGAUGAUGAUACGUGUAAUGAUGCUAAUGUGUAAGGGAUUUGAGAUAUUUAAACUCAAAACUCAACUGAAUAUUUUUGAGACUUUUUUUUUUUAUUUAAUUUAAAUUUUCUUCUUUCUUUGA